AUGGCUGUUUCUGUUUUCCAAUGUAGAAAGGUCUUCCAGAAUGCCCUGACCAUACCUGCUGCUGCUCCUUCCACUGAUGUGUACUAUCAACUGGAGGAUGUCCAGUACAUAUACAGAAAACAGGCCACUGUGCAGGAGAACAAAAAAGAAGACACUGGGGUUGAGGACCCCCAACCUUCUCUUCAAAAAUAUUCUCAGCCUGGACAUCUCAACAUAGGUGCCAUUGCUUCUCAGAGUGUAUUCAUCACCACCGAUCAAAUUCCAGAAUUCAAUGAAUCUCCAGAACAACUAACAUCUGACUUCCUCAUGGUUGUGACGAAGAAUUACCAACACAUCUUGGCCUUGGUAUUUGCUAUAAAGGAAAUUAAUGAAAAUCCCCAUAUUUUACCAAAUGUCACCCUGGGAUUUAAUAUCUAUGAUAGCUAUUUGAUGGCGAAAUGGACCUAUCAGGGCACAAUGCAACUUCUUUCCACAAGGAACAAGUUUGUCCCCAACUACAAAUGUGAUAUCCAGGAUAAUCUAAUCACAGUCAUUGGGGGACUAUACUCUGAUACCUCCUAUCAGAUAGCAAAUGUUUUGGGCAUCUACAAGAUUCCACAGCUCUUGUAUGGGUUUGCUCCAGGGAUGACUGAUAGUAUCCAAGUCCCUGCCUACUUUCGGAUGGUCCCAAAUGAAGCCUAUCAAUACAGGGGAAUUCUCCAGUUACUUCUCCAUUUUGGGUGGAUAUGGACUGGGUUAAUUGCUGACAAUAAAGAGAAUGGAGAAAGGUUUGUGCAGAACAUACUUCCAGAUUUUUCUGAGCAUGGUGUUUGUUUUGACUUCAUAGAAAUAUUUUCCAAGUUACGGUUUUAUGAUGCAAUGGACGAGAUGAACAAAUGGGCAUACAGGAUAUAUGAUAAAGUCAUGAGCAGCAGAGCCAAUUCUAUUGUCUUUUACGGAGAAGCUAAUUCCAUGAUAACUUUGAGAUGGCUGCUAAAUAUACCAAACAUGCAAGAUGGUAUAAAAGAGCCAAAGUAUAAAGUGUGGAUUCUGACAGCUCAGAUGGAAUUCACAUCAAUUAUCUUACAAAAGGGUUGGGGGAUCGCUGCCCUCCAUGGAGCCAUAUCAUUUGCAGUUCACUCCAAUGAGUUACCAGGCUUCCAAACAUUUAUUCGAAGCCGAAACCUCUUCAGAACAAAAGAAGAUGAAUUCCUAAAGAUCUUCUGGGUCCAGGCAUUUAGCUGUGAAAUCCCAAAUAUGGAUCUCAGUGAAGAGAAUGAGAAUAUCUGCACUGGAGAGGAGGGUCUAGAGAACCUUCCUGGGACUUUUUUUGAAAUGAAUAUAACAGCCUACAGCUACAAUAUCUACAACUCUGUCUAUGCUGUUGCCCAUGCUUUACAUGCCAUGUAUUUUUCCAAAUCCAGAAGAAGAGAAAUGAUGAAUGGAGAGAAAGGGAAACUUCAGAAUCAGCAGCCAUGGCAGCUCUACCAUUUUCUGAAACAUGUGUCAUUUAACAACAGUGCUGGAGACAAGAUUUCCUUCGAUCAAAAUAGGGUAUUAGUUGCAGGAUUUGACGUUAUAAACUGGGUCACAUAUUCAAACCAAUCUUUUUUUAGAGUAAAAGUUGGAAAGAUGGAUACCCAGGCUCCACCAGACCAUGCAUUCACUAUUAAUAAGGAUGGCAUUGUAUGGCACAGUCGGUUUAACCAGACACAGCCCCUUUCUCUAUGUAACGACCACUGCUAUCCUGGAUAUAGCAAGAGGAUUUUGGAAGGGGAGCCGCCCUGCUGCUAUGAUUGCAUUCCAUGUCCAGAAGGGAAGACAUCUGACCAGAAAGACAUGGUAAGCUGUUUCCAGUGCAAAGAUGGUCAUUAUCCAAACAAGUAUCAAAAUGGAUGCAUUCCCAAAGUUGUAACAUUUUUGUCUUAUAAUGAACCUUUGGGGAUUGGUUUAGCUAUUAGUGCAAUUUCCUGCUCAUUAGUCACAGGACUGGUGUUAAGAACAUUUAUGAAACAUCACAACACUCCCAUCGUCAAAGCCAACAACCGGAAUCUCACCUAUACUCUCCUAAUCUCCCUCUUCCUCUGUUUCCUGUGUGCAUUGUUAUUCAUAGGUCAACCUAGUAAGGGGAAGUGUCUCCUCCGCCAACCUGCUUUUGGCAUCAUCUUCUCAAUGGCUGUUUCUUCUGUGUUGGCAAAAACCAUCACCGUGGUGUUGGCUUUCAUGGCCACGAAGCCAGGUGCCACAGUGAGGAAAUGGUUAGGGAAAAGGCUUUCAAACUCCAUUGUUCUUGCUGGCUCACUUGUUCAAGUGGGCAUUUGUACAGUGUGGCUGGCAAUUUCUUCCCCAUUUCCAGAUGUUGACAUGCAUUCAGUGCCAGAAGAAAUCAUAUUGGAAUGUAAUGAGGCAUCACACACCAUGUUUUACUGUGUCCUUGGCUAUAUGGGCUUUCUAGCAAUUGCCAGCUUCACCGUGGCCUUUCUUGCUAGGAAGCUACCAGACAGUUUCAAUGAAGCCAAAUUUAUCACGUUCAGCAUGUUGGUCUUUUGCAGUGUUUGGCUAUCCUUUGUUCCAACCUACCUGAGCACCAAAGGAAAAUACAUGGUAGCUGUGGAGAUCUUCUCAAUCUUAGCCUCCAGUGCUGGGCUGCUGAGCUUCAUCUUUUUCCCCAAGUGCUACAUUAUUCUUGUGAAGCCUGAGCUGAACAAUAAGGAACACGUAAUAAAUAAAAACUACUGA